AGGAAGCCUCAGAGCAUAGAAAGAAAAAGACUGCAUUUCCUGAACUUCCUUAAACCCCCCUAAGCUGUCAGAAAUAGGACUUACUAUAGGAGAGAAUUCCUUAGUCAGCAGUACAAAUGUUGACUUCCCUGUUUGGCCAACACUUCGACAUCAAUUUUAGUGGUCGCCUUUUUUUAAGAUGAUGUGGGUGUAGACAACACUGGAUGUCUUUGGCUUGCAAAGUGGACCAAACUUAUUAAAAGCAGAGAGCUAAGGGAAUGACCAACUCGACUGAAGUUUUUAGCCAACACAACACACACCUGGAACAUGAUACUGGAAAUAUUUAUCAUCUUGAACAAUUAAGAACACUUAAAAUUAGUGCAGAUAAAAUCCAUAUGUACAUUUUCUUUCUAGGGCCAGAAUUAGACGAAAAUAAAGAGUAGAGUCAUUGAUUGAUCUCUAUUUUCAAUAUGACAGAGAACCUAUAUGCGAUUAAUGACCUAACUAAUGGCAGUAACAGUUUAACUGUUGCAAGACCUUGUUAUCCUAUACAUAAUACAACCUCUUUACAACCAUCACCAAUGUCUCCACAUGUUAACCAAAAGUAUAUGCCAUCCCCUACCACUCCACAAAAUGAACUUUCGCCAUUACUACAUGACGAAGGACCUUGGGAGCAUAAUCAACUUGAGAAAUCUGCACCUUCCAUGUUAAAUGAGACUAUGAAUGCUCAUGCUGUUUUUCCCUUUAGCAUUGGUGAAACUUUACAUGGACUGGAUUCCUUUUCCAAGGCCUUUUCUUUAAAAAACACAAAUACUGUUUUUAAUAACUGUGUAGGUGAAAAGAAUUCAGAAGACAAUCAUGUGUCAGAGAUGUUACUGUCACCACAGAGAGGAAUGCCUUCAGCUGGCUCAGCUAGAGAGCCCUUUAGUCCUGUAACCAUGCAGAGUCAGUCACAGCAGUGCCAUAAUCAGCUAAUUCCUCAUCCCAUUGAUAAUCAAAGUAUUACUCAUAAUCCCUACCAAAGCCACCAGCAAUAUUAUGGAUAUCAACAGCACAAACCACAGCUGAGGGAGAACAAUUCAAUGCCGAUGUACAAGGCACCUUUGUCUCAGAGCCAGUAUCUCCUCCAGCAGCAAGGAAAUCAAAUCCACCAGCAGCAGUUUUCAUCUUAUUCAUUAUCCCAACAAAAGCAGGAAAUGCGACUGGAUGUUCAGGAGGGCCACAAGUCUGUUGGAUCACCAACCGAUAGCUACACUGAGGACUAUAAAGCGUCUGAACAAACAGUUUUCCAGUCAAGUCUACACACUUCCCAUUACCCAGGGUCACAGAGUUUUCUUACACCUUCCAACCAAUGUGAUCUCUAUUUGCACCAGCAGGCUAAUGAGCCAUCACAAUCAUUCACUUUGAAGCAAAAUACUUCUUUUGACAAUCACUUAGGAUCAGUUGAACUUAUGCCAGGAUUUUCCAAUCAAAAGGAACAGGUUUAUAUGGAUUUAAACUACCACCACAAACAGGAAGAUUUCUAUAACUCUCAUUAUCAAAGUGUGGGGUCAGGGGGCAAUCAACCUGCCCAGUCACAAGCUCUGAGAGGAGGAAUACUUCAUCAUCUUAACUCUUACAGGCCACCAUGUGGACAGAUGCGCUCAUCAGAUUUUCAAGAGGACCAAAAUCUGCCCUACUACAGGAUGGAAGCACCUAGGACUGAAGGGGCAAAAACAAAGCUGAAAUGCAUUUUAUGUCACCGGGAGUUUAAGAGCUUGCCAGCUCUUAAUGGCCACAUGCGUUCCCAUGGAGGAUUCAGGACGUGUCCUUCAGCACUCAAAACUACUGAUGAACAAAUUCAGCUAUCUAAAGAUCCAAAUGACCCUAUGGUGCUCCCUGUGUCUGUUCCUGUAAAGGAUUACUCAGUUCCCUCCAGGCAUCCGAGUAACUUUCAGAAACAUCUAAGACAUAAUGAUAUGAAUGACUCAGAUGAAAGUCAUACACAGCGACAAAACAUUCUCACUUCACGUGCAAAGAGUUCAGCAGGAGUUGGAGAAUGUACAGUGAAGCAAGAGAAAAAGAGAUAUCGCCAUUGCCUGGUGCCACUUGUAAUUUCCUCAUGUGGCGAAGGAGUUGAGUCCAGAGGGCCGGUGCUUUUCCAGAGCCAGCUGCGUUCACCAGGCAGCUGUGGGGAUGGCAUCCCAUACACUCCCCCACCGAUGCUCAGCCCUGUACGUCCAGGCUCUGGACUUUUCAAUAGCGUUAAUGCAGGGUUCCCAUGCACAGGAGAACAGAUGGUUCCACGGGUUCGCUUGUGCAAGGACAAUGAAAAACGUGACUGCAAUAUGACAUCAGAUUCAGGAGAUAAAUCAAGUAACGUUAAACCGCGGAUCAACAUUGGUCCCGAUUUUCAAGCAGACAUUCCAGAUAUUCAGCGUCGUUCUAAAGUGGCAGAGGACAUCCAUAAGGCUAAUCUUUUGUGGACACCCUGCUAUUUGGAUACCCCUGAAAAGCAACAGAGAGUUGAUAAUCUCCUGAAGAUGGCAUGUUCCAGUGUGCUUCCUGGAGGAGGAACAAACACAGAAUACACCCUUCAUUGUCUUUUUGAGUGUAGUGGCGAUGUCAUGACUACCCUGGAGAAACUCCUCUCAUUGACAGCACUUAAACAUGUAUCCAGCCUUCACACAAAUUACCAUUAUGCUGGAUCGGAUAAAUGGACCCUGCAAGAAAAGAGACAACUGAACAAGGGCCUAUUAAUUCACAACAAAGAUUUUCACCUAAUUCAGAAAAUGGUGAAGACAAAGUCAGUAGCUCAGUGUGUCGAGUAUUACUACACAUGGAAGGAGAAACUUCGACUUGGCAAGAGAUUUAGCACAGGUCCGGUAACUCCAGGCCAAACGAAAGAGAAUAGGGGGCAUUUGAAGGAGGGCAACACCAGACAACCUGCAAAUGAAACAAAGAGCAAAACUGGAGUGACAGAAUGUUCUGAAUUGUCUGACAAUGUCGGUGCUGCAUUUGUUUGUGAAGUACCCAGAUCUGGUCUUAUGUUUAAUGGAAAUGAAUGGAACCAAAGUAAUAUAGGUGGGAUGUGUAAUUCUCCGGCUGAAUAUAACAGACCCAAAUCGGCUCAGAACUUUGCUCUCGGCUCAGUUAAAAGCUCACCAUCAAACAGUUCAACAAGUGGAGACACUGAAUCAAAUCUUAUCUUCCCCUGCACUGAAUGUGGAAAAGUGUUUCUUAAGGUGAAAAGUCGCAAUGCUCACAUGAAGACACAUCGGCAAACGGAUGAUACACAGCUUUGGCAGCUUCAUAGCCUUGCCGAACAGGAAAACAAUAUAGUGACACCUGCCAGCCCAACUGUUGGACUACUUCAGCUACCCCUAACUCCUCAUUCUAUCUCUUGUAGCAAUAAUGGAGACAUGAACCAAUAAACUUUUAUGAUGCAAAAACACUGCAACAAGCAGACUGCUCUUAAAGAGUCAUGUGUUAACCUCUGCACAACUGGACCAAACUAAGUGGACUGAUCUUUAAUAAGUUGAAUAUCAAAAUUCAUACCAUGGCUCAGAGACUUUCUAAAAAAAUGAAACAAAUGUUAAUAAGGUUUAUUAAUAGUGCGAUACCAUUUGUUGGUAUAAACAAUCAUUUUAGUUUUCAGGAUGUAUUUGUUAACCUAAAAAGAUUGUACUGUAGAUAAAACUGGGCCAACUGUCAAAAUGUAAUUUUACUCAGACUAAUGAUGUGUCAGGUCCUUCUGUGUAUAACAUGUGUUUUGUUACCAAACCCACUGUACAAACAAAGCAAUACAUUUUUAUAUUUUUUUCUGAAACAGUUUCUUGUUUUUUUUUUAUGUGCAUCCAUCUUAUAAUGAAAAAUCUGGCCACCAGGUUACCUUAAAUACUGUGCUGAAAAUGGUACAUGACCCAAAUAAUAUGUGGUCUGAGGUGGUCCUGUGGUAGUCCCUUUCCUAUAACAGACAAGAUAGAGAUGGAUUAGCAUCAUUAUUUAUAUGCCUUCCUGGCAAAAUGGCCAGUGCAAGUAAAUACAUUUAUUUAUCUUUAUUAACUGCUUUAUAGUCAUGGUUGCAAUGGAUGAUUAAUAUACUGUACCCUGAAUUUAUCAUAAUUAGCUUACCAGCAUACUUUUGCGAGGUACAAAAUUAGUAUGAAACUGUAAAGACUGUAAGAACAAAUGAAACUCCACCCACUGCAUACCCUAUUUAAUUAAGUGGAUAAAAAGUAUUGAUAAAUACUUUGCCAAAGAGACAAUACCUGCACAGCGGACAAAGUUCAAACUUUUUAGUAUUAUUAUUCAUUGAUUAUUAUUUAAUUAUUUUUUUAAUUACUAUUAUUAGUAUGAUACCUACUGUCACUUUAAUGUGAAAUAAUGCAGUCAUUCUAAUAUACUGUAGGUAGAUAUUUGUGUGCUGACACAUAUAUAUCUAUCAUUCUUUGCCUUCCUUCACGGGUGGUUUAAAAUGAAAAGUGCAAUGUCCAAAUAAAGACAGUUUCAUUGUGUUGGCAGCUUUAUAGCCUUUCUGAACAGGAAAACCAGACUGUGAUGACUGCUAGCCCU